AUGUCAAACUUAGACUUACCAAGUCGAGGCUUACCUGUUAUCAUAACUGAGGCAAGUGUGUGUAUGGUGUUGUGUAUCAUAAGCAUCACUGGAAACAGUCUGGUUUGUAUAGCAGCAUACAGAAACCCAAACCUGCGAUCAACCACCAACCUGUACAUCAUUGCAUUAGCAGUCAGCGAUCUGUUGUGCGCAACAAUAGAAAUGCCUUUAACGUUUACAACGCUGAUCAUCGGAAGAUGGGACUUUGGCGACACCUUAUGCCAAAUUCAAGGCUCAGUUGGUGUAUUCGCCAAUUAUGUUACCUCGGCAACCCUUGGUUUGACAGCGUUUAACCGUUACGUGAAAAUUGUGAAGACGAACCACUACAAUAAGAUUUUUUUGCCAAGCAGAUCUAAGAUAUGGCUGAGUUGCUUGUGGCUUUCCUUUAUUCUUUACCUGCUGAUUUUCUGAGUCACAAAUUGGAUCAGAAUAGAAUUUAACCAAAGCUUUGCAGUGUGCUCAUCUGCUAACCCAACAAGUGAAAGCCGAAUCUUUCAUUAUUGCAUCACUAUUGGAUUGCUUUUUGUUUCACCUUUGUGUGUCGGUAUAUUCAGUUAUUACGAAAUAUUUUUCAAAAUCCAUGAGCAUAAACAGAACACAGUUUCAACGCUUCAGAACUCGCCAAACAGGAGAAUGAACGACAGCCCAGUGAGGGAUAUAAGCAUUAGUCGAGUCUUGUUCUUCGUGGCCGCUGGCUUUUUGUGUUGCUGGAUACCAAUGUGGGCACUUGCACUCUGGAUGCAUUUUUCCCCAGAAACCAGUCCUAGAGUUGUGCAACUGAUUGAUGUCUUUUUUUGUUAUCUGAGUGCUUCAGUAAAUCCACUUAUCACUUUCACAAAUGGCGAGUUCAGAAGGGAAUUUCGCAAACUUCUCCGUUGCCGCAACGAAAGGGCAUGGAAUGCAUCAAACAAAGCCAUUUCAGUUGGUGACAAGGGUGACGGGUUACUUGACAGGCGAAACAAACGUCGAGGUGUAGUUGGCUUUCCAGCUGUCUGA